UCUCUCUCUCUCUUCAAACAGGGGAAUUCUUUGAUAUCGAUGAAUGGGUUGGGCAAACGUGGGCUUUUGCGGAGCUUUUGACCUUUUUGGUUCUCCAGAGCCAUCAAAACUGAAACAGUAGAAGAAGAAGAAGAAAAAAGAAGAGAAGCUAAUAUAAGUGCUGCUUGGAUUUUAUCUGGCUUUUUUGCUUUCAUUUUGUCUUUUUAUCCCCCCCCCCCCACCUCGUCCCUCAGUUUUAUGGCCAAAAUGGAGCAAAGAGGGGGAGAGAGCUGGAGAAAACUGGUGACAAAGAUGCUCCCACCAGGAGCUUCUCUCCCUGAAGAUGAUAGUGAUCUUGAUUACUCUAUUGCCAUGGAGUACGAGGGCCCACCGGUUUCUUAUGAAGUCCCUAGAGUGGAACCCCUGAAUGCAAACUUACAUGCGAUCCCAACUGCAGAUCCCCUAUCUGAAUCGCAAAGAUCCGCUGCCAAUGCGGGUCCUCCAGUCGUUGAACCUAUACCUUUGCCAGUGUCUUGUAUUGCUGGUGUUACGGCUUUGCCUACUCACAGCCCAGGGGUCUCGGGCAGUUCAGAGUCCGUAGCAUCUGUCUUGCAAAACCCUGAUUCUUCUUCUGCUUCUCCAUCAGUUUCUCCAAAUUCAGUCCAUAAUCCUCCUAAAAGGGUUACUAAUGAAGUAAGGAGAGCGCCAGUAGUCACUUUUAACACUGUUAAUAGAUCUGACAGUAAAGAGAUUGAGGUUGAGAAGCCAGAUUUUAUAAAUUAUGUUGGCGUGUCAAAAGAAAAGAAGAAGAAGAAGAGUAGAGUGUGUUAUCGGUGUGGAAAAGGGAAGUGGGAGACAAAGGAGUCAUGCCUAGUGUGUGAUGCUAAGUAUUGCAGCAAUUGUGUUCUUAGGGCAAUGGGAUCAAUGCCCGAAGGGCGCAAGUGUGUAACUUGCAUUGGUCAGCCAAUUGAUGAAUCGAAGCGGCUGAAAUUGGGUAGACAUUCAAGGUUAUUAUCCCAAUUACUCAGCCCUUUGGAAGUCAAGCAGAUUAUGAAAGCAGAGAAAGAAUGUUCUGCUAAUCAGCUUCGGCCGGAACAGCUAAUUGUCAAUGGAUUCCCUCUUAAGUCAGAAGAGAUGGCAGAACUACUUGGAUGUCCUUUGCCUCCUCGAAAGUUGAAGCCUGGUCGAUAUUGGUAUGACAAGGAAUCUGGUAUGUGGGGAAAGGAGGGGGAAAAACCUGAUAUAAUCAUAAGUUCAAACUUAAACUUCACUGGGAAACUUUGCCCUGAUGCGAGCAAUGGGAAUACUGAAGUCUACAUCAAUGGCCGAGAAAUUACAAAGCUCGAAUUGAGGGUGCUACGGCUGGCAAAGGUGCAGUGUCCACGUGACACUCAUUUUUGGGUCUAUGAUGAUGGUCGUUAUGAAGAGGAAGGUCAGAACAAUAUUAGGGGAAACAUUUGGGAGAAGGCAUCAAUACGGUUUAUCUGUACCCUUUUUUCUUUGCCUGUGCCCCAUGGUCAACCUCAUGGACCAAGAGAUGAGGCUAGCAAUUAUACAACAGUUCCAAAUUAUCUGGAACAGAAAAAAACUCAGAAGCUUCUUCUUCUUGGACUUCAAGGCUCUGGAACCAGCACUAUCUUUAAGCAGGCCAAAUUUUUGUAUGGGAACAAUUUUGCCUUAGAAGAAUUGCAGGAUAUUAAGCUGAUGAUCCAGAGUAACAUGUAUAGAUAUGUUAGCAUUUUGCUUGAUGGGCGGGAGCGCUUUGAGGAGGAGGCUGUGUACAGGAUGAGAGCACUAGGAUCCCAUGAUCAGAAUAAUGAUACAGAUGGAGAAGUUGAUCCUAAUGGAACGAGUCAAUGUAUCUAUUCCAUAAACCCGAAGUUGAAGCAUUUCUCUGAUUGGCUUCUGGAUAUUAUAGCCACUGGAGAUUUGGAUGCAUUCUUCCCUGCAGCAACUCGGGAGUAUGCUCCAUUAGUUGAAGAUGUGUGGAAGGAUCCUGCUAUACAGGAAACAUAUAAAAGAAAAGAUAAGCUUCACUUCCUCCCGGAUGUUGCAGAGUACUUCUUAAGCAGGGCCGUCGAGAUAUCGAGCAAUGAAUAUGAACCUUCAGAGAGAGACAUAAUCUAUGCAGAAGGGGUGACUCAAGGAAAUGGUUUGGCUUUCAUAGAAUUCUCGCUUGAUGAUCGUAGUCCAAUGUCUGAAAGCUAUACAGACAAUCUAGAGGCUCCACCUCCACCAAUGACCAAAUACCAACUUAUAAGGGUAAAUGCCAAGGGCAUGAACGAGGGAUGUAAGUGGGUGGAAAUGUUUGAAGAUGUUCGCGUGGUAGUCUUCUGUGUUGCUCUUAGUGACUAUGAUCAGAUGGGGCUAACCUCAGAAAGUAGUGGCAGUGGACCCGUGCUUCAGAACAAAAUGAUGCAAAGCAAGGAACUGUUCGAGAGUAUGGUUAGACACCCUUGCUUUAAGGACACCCCAUUUUUAUUGAUAUUAAACAAGUAUGAUCUUUUCGAGGACAAGGUGAAUCGGGUGCAUUUAAGUUCUUGUGAGUGGUUCAAUGACUUCAGUCCGGUGCAGACGCAUCACAGCAACCAGUCGUUGGCCCAUCAGGCAUACUUCUACGUCGCAGUGAAGUUCAAAGACCUCUAUGCUUCCAUCACAGGUAGAAAGCUUUUUGUGUGGCAGGCUAGGGCAAGGGAUCGGGUGACCAUUGACGAGGCAUUCAAGUAUAUAAGAGAGGUUCUCAAGUGGGAGGAAGAGAAGGAUGACAACUAUGGUGGAAUAGAGGACUCGUUUUAUAGUACAGAUGUGAGCUCCUCGCCUUUUGUCAGGCAAGAGUGAUAUGCUUUUAGAGAUCAUAUUUGUAUUGGCUUUACAGUUGCAAGUGAAAAAGGGAAAGAAUGUAAUAUGCUAAGCCAUCAUCUGCUCCUCAGGUUAUGUUUCCACUUCUAAUCACCAAGUUUCAAUGAUAUUGGUGGGGCUGCUUCAUGUUGGAA